UGUACCACAUCUCAAAGAUAGGACACGAGGCCAGGCAGGAGGUGAUAAGUAAGGCGAAAUACUUGGUUAAAAAUUGACUUGUAAACCAGUUCAAAGAAACCAUGGGAAAGAGUAAAGCAGCAGCAAAAGAAGCGAAAGUCCUUUCAAAGAAAGUUAAAAAGGUGAAACCACCACCACCACCUCAAGAAAGUGAAUCAUCAGAUGAUUCUGACAGCAGUGAAGAGGAGGCAAUGGAAGUUGAAGUCGCAAAGCCUACGAAGAAAGCUACACCUAUGAAGAAUGGCAAUGAAGCAGAAGAAUCUAGUGAAGAAAGCAGUAGUGAUGAAGAAGAGGAAACUGUUCCUGUCAAAGCAAAUGGCAAAACAACCCAACAGAAGAUGGAGGAAGAUGAUGAUGAUGACGAUGACUCUUCAUCAGAGGAAGAGGAAGAAAAAGCUGCUCCUGCCAAAAAGGCAACACCAGCUGCCAAAGAAAGCUCCAGUGAAGAAGACUCUUCAGAAGAAGAAGAGGAGGAGGAGGAAACAAAACCAGUAGCUCCCAAACAAGCUGCAAAAGAAGAAAGUUCUGAUGAAGAUGAUGAUGAUGAUGAAGAAGAAGACGAUGAAGAAGAAGAAAAGCCUGCCAAAAAUACUCAGAAAAGAAAAGCAGAUACAGAGGAAGAAACAGUUACAAAAAAAGCCAAAGUGGAUGAAGAGAAAAUCACCUUAUUCUGUGGAAACCUGACAAAUGAUAUGGAAGAGAAACAGUUGAAGAAGUUCUUCAAGAAGAGUGGAAUUAAGGUUUCAGAAGUCAGAAAGAUGGACAAAAAAAAGUUUGGUUAUGUAGAUCUAGAAAAUGCGGAAGAUUUAGAGAAAGCUUUGGAAUUAAAUGGCUCUGAGCUUAACGGUAAUGCCAUCAAAGUAGAACAAGCUGCUGCCAAGACUCCUAAAAAAGAGUUUGGAAGUGGAAGAGAAAAGAUGCAGAAGAAGCAGCAGGGAAGAGAAGGAAAAGAAGAAGAAGACAAAUGCACAUUGUUUGUAAAGAACUUGUCAUGGAGUACCACAUCAGAGGGUCUCCAGGAAUACUUCCCAGACUGCGUGGAUGUCAGGAUCCCCAUGAAUGAAGAAGGAAGGCCAAAAGGUUUUGCAUUUGUCCAGUUUGAAAGUGAAGACAAGGCAGAGUCUGUCCUGAAGGAAAUGCAGGGCACAGAGAUAGAUGGCAGGGCAAUCAUGAUGGACUAUGUGGGUCAGAAAAGCAAGUUUACACCAAAGAAAGGUGGCUUUGAUAGCCCACAAGGAAACCGUAGGCAGUCCGUAGAUCCAGGAAGUACCAAGGUGUUGAUUAUAAAAAACCUGUCCUACAGUACAACUCAAGAUGGACUGAGGGAACACUUUGAAAAUGUUAGUGAUGUCAGAAUGCUUACAGACAGAGACACAGGAAAGCCAAGAGGGAUUGCCUUCCUGGAGUUCAGCAGCCCUGAUGAGGCUAAGAGUGCUUAUGAAACCAUGAACAACCAGGAGAUAGAUGGUAGAGCAGUCAAGUUGGACUUUGCAGAAGAUAGAGGAUCAGGGGGAGGUGGAAGAGGAGGUUUCCGUGGAGGAAGAGGUGGAGGAAGAGGCGGAGGUCGUGGUGGUUUUGGGGGAAGAGGAGGCGGCCGUGGGGGAGGCAGGUUUGACCGUGGGGGCGGCAGAGGAGGCGGAAGGGGAAGAGGUGGACCACCGAGAGGAGCCAUGGCACAGAAAAAGGGAUCUAUUCAAGAAUUUCAAGGAUCCAAAAAGAAGUUUGAUGAUGACGAUUAAGCCAUUGAUAUAUGGAAUUGACAAUAUACAAACUUCUUUUUCUUUGACACAUUUUUACAAGUUAUAUACACUAGGAAUCAAUCUGGUCAAAUGACGGAAGACGUUGGUCCUAGUGUGACUAACAACCAAAACGGUAUUCAUGACGUUUGUACAUCAUGCUGAAUGUAAUAUUUUAUGUUAUGACUGGUCAAUUUCAACAUUUACAUUUCAUCAAUGUAAUGUCUAUAUUUUGUCUAUAUUGUCUUUGUUGAUGCAACAGUGCAUCAUUUUUUUUGUAAAUAGUGAAAAUGGUAUUAAAAUUAACAUAAUACCAUUAUUAUUUUUUCGAUGAUAAGAAAAAAUAAAUAUUAAAAACAAUUGCAUUGUUAAAAUUUACACAUGGAACUGAUGGCUUCGUUUGACUAAUACAAAACGGUAGCUGAGGGCAAUUUUUUAAUGGUCGAAGCUGGAAAGACUUGAUUUUGUUUCGUUUAAAUCAGUUGGCCGAUUUGGGGCAGGGGAAGAGGGUACGUCCGAACCUUUGGGGCUGGCAUGUGCCCGCUGAAAAAAUAAAGGGGUGGCAUUGGA